AUGUCGACAUUUACGUCCGCCGUCGGCCUUCCUCCGCUCUCCACCAUUGCCCCCAACGUGGCCCACGAAUCGGGAGCAUCCAUGGCUGUUGGCGGGUCCGCACUCAGCUCCCUGUCCGCCAUCGAGCACCGCGAUGCCCGGAUCAAGGAUCCCGUGCCCAAGAAGCUCAAGGGCCAAACCGGCAACAUCAAGGGCAACUUUGGCGUCAUUCAGAUGGACCUGACCGGUCACGACACGUCCGUCGAGCGAAACGAGCUUGCCAAGCGGGCUAGCGAGAGCACCGAGAUGGCCGCCCUGCGCGCAUACCAGAGCGGCCACGGUGUUUCCUCGUCAAAACGCUUCGUCCGCCUCCCCGACGAGCCGCCCUCCUCCGUCUGGGAUCCAUACUACAUCACGACCACCGCCACGGCCCAGGCCAUGCAGCCGAUCCAGCACGUCCAGCCGGUCCAGUCUGGUCAGAACAAUCACAGUACACAGAACAGCCAGGCUGUCGGCCCGACAUCCCGCUCACAGUCACUGAGUCCCGGCGAGACAAAGGCAGAGCAGAAGCGUCUGCUGGCUCUCCUCCGCAGCCUGCCGUCACCGGCUGUUGUGGACCAGAUUUGCAAGGCAGUCGAGUACUUUGGUGGCAGCCCCAGCGCUGCACCGCCAACAGACGGAGCGUUUCCGCGAAGCGACCUCACAAACGGUCUCGGCAGCACGUUCAUCGGUUGGAUCGCCGAGAUCUUCCCCAGGCUUCCAAACAGCACAACGAGCGCGAUCACAGCCGUGCUGACAUCACCCCACUUUGCGACAGCAAAUGGAAGUACCACGUCUGCGAGGCUGGACCAAGCAGCAGGGGACUCACACGCACCGGGAGACUCGGCCAUGGCCGGUGCCCCUGCUGCGACAACAGAGAAACGCCGGAGGGGACGGCCAAAGGGAAGCAAGGCUACCAAGGUCAGAAGGGACAAGGGCAUUAAGAAGGGGCCCAUGAAAGCCCGCAAGGCUGCUGCUGCUGCAGCCGCUUCAGUUGCCAACGGCGAAGGCAGGACGACCGAGGAGGAUGGCUGGGUCGACGUGGACGACACGGCGAUGGACGUCACCGGCGGCGUGGCAGACAGCAUGUUCUUCCACCCCGGCACAUCGAUAUCCACACCCGAGCGGCAAUCUGCUCCCGCUCUGUCCACACCGUCAGCGAGCAUGGAUGUCGGUACAGGUGCUGGUCCAGAGGUCGGUGCAGGCACGGCUGAAGGAAAGAAGCGCGGACGACCAAAAGGCUCCAAGAACCGGCCAAAGGCAGCGGACGUCGUCGAAGCUCCCAGCAGUAGCAAAGAGAUCCCCCCGGCGCCUGCUAACGUCACGCCCAUCUCGCCGCCCGCUGUUCCGGGUGCUUCUACGCCGGCGAAGAAGGCACAGAUUGGACGACCAAAGGGCUUCACGGCGAAACCAAAGGAGCUUCCGACUCAGACGACAUCCCUCGGCAGUGGCAGUGACAACGAUUUCGGCCUGUCCCACCUGAACCAGCAGAUGUAUGCUGCGUCUGCUUCUGCUGCCGUGCAGCCCGCGGACGCUGUGAGCAUGGCCACCGGGGCCAAGCGCAAGCGAGCAAAGGCAGUCAAGAAAGACGAGCUUUCCUCGGCCGACCUAGCACAAGGCUACCCGACCGGAGUCCAGCAGCCUUCUGGCCAGCUUGCCGAGAUAGCUAACACGAGCACGAACAUGAACACGGCGAGCACGAACCCGUCUGCUGCGGUGAAGCGGCAGCGGAAGUCUGCCGACGCGAGGGCCUCGAUGCGAGGCAGCAAUGCUAGUAGCGCAUCUCCAGCCACACAGGCCGCCGCUCACAGCAUGGCCGGCAUAGGCAGCGACCAGCAGCAGAUUCUCGCUCCGCUCGAUGCAAGCGAUGCCGCCGGGCACCAGCUGAACGUCGCCUUUGACACGCUGUCGUCCCUCGGACAGGCCACACAGCAGGCCGAUCCCUCACAGUCGCUCGUUUCACAGCAGCCUCGCCACCAGAUGCAGCAGCCGCAAUACACCACACAAAAGGCCAUGUCGGCCACACCACCGCUUCCGACCAUCGAGCAGGGCCAGGCACAGAGCGUGCAGAGCGUGCAGAGUAUGCAGGCAGUCCAAGGAAGCAUGACUGUUGGCUCGCCCGGUUUGCUGACUCCGAACAGCUCCCACCGAUCGCCCCAGUUCACGACGGCGACGAGCACAGCAGGUCUGGGGACGACGCAGAACACGUAUGGGGCCGGCUUCGGCUCCUCGACCUACGGUCAGCCGCGCCGGACAAACAGCGGGCCUGGGCCUGCAGGCGCCGGAUCGCCGUCCCUCAACGGGCCCUACGGCACAGGUGGCAGUGCUGCUGGAGCCACUUCGGUACCGCACAGCCUCUCUCACCACGGCUCGCCCUCCUCCUUUGGGGCGACAGCACGACAGCAGCCGCAGCCGCAGCCGCAGCCAUCGCCCGGAAGCGCCGGCAGCUCGGCAGCCCAGGGCAUCCAAGGCUUUCACAACUUCGACAGCCAGUCGCUGUUUGACGGCAUCGGCCUGGAUGGCAGCACCGGCAGCGGUGGCUUGGGUCUCGGCGGCCCAGGGACCUAUAGCUUGGGCGGCAGCGUGCCGAGAACAUCGGCCAAUCCGGCAUCAGCAUAUGGAGCCCCGCCAUCGAUGACCUCGUUCGACACAAACAUCCGGACAGCCAGCCAGCUGCGGGACCGCUUCUACAACAUUCGGCAGUAG